AUUGUGAUAUAAUGUAUUUGGAUUAUUAUUGAAAUUUGCUACUGAUUGACUAUUUGUUUGCAGAUCGAUUAGGUUUUAUUAUUUUGCGUUGAAUUUGAGUUCUGUUGAAUCUUUUUUUGAAAAGAUUUUGUUUUGUUCAAUCUUUGGGACGUGGGUUUCUUGGAAAGAUUUUCAAUCUAUGCAUUAGAUGCGUUUGGUUUCUAUGAAAGUGAAAAAGAUGAACAGAAUUCAAUAGUAAACUUUUCAUAAGGUCCAAGAAACACUUCAAUUGAAAAAAAAAGGGAAAAAGAACUGCACCCAAAUGAAUUUUGUACAACUUUUCUGGUUUUAUUUGUUUUAUUUUUAUUUUCUUUUGUAUAUAUAUAUUUUUAGUAAAAGGACCACAAAUCAGGAUAAUCUUCCUUUUUUUUUUUUUUUUUUUCCCCUUCUAUAUCCGUCAUUUUGUUACAAACCUAUUUAAUAUCUGAUUCUGAGCAAAUUAAAUGAAAAAUUAUCACGUGGGGUUUGUUCUUCUGUUUCGAUGUGUUCUUUGGCUUCUUGGCACCUCUUACGAGCUUUAAGAUCUCGUGUCUGAGCUCCCUCCAUAACUGGUUUGAUGAGUAUUACUUCAAUUUAGAAAGCCUUGUCUUCUCUUUCCCAAGGCUUGUAAAUAUGAAGAAAGAGAACAUGAUUCUUGCUAAUGUUGGAGAGCCUAUUGCUCGAAUAACACGAGCUCGAGCUGCUGCCUAUCGCACAUCUGGAGGGAUGCUCCCUCCAGAAGCAUCAAAGCAGCAACCUCAGAAGCGGAUACUACGAACAAAUUCAAAAAGAGCAGCCUUGGAUGAGAUGAACACCAGUGCAUCUGUUCCUGCUAGCGUUCAGCAUAAGAGGAGGGCGGUGCUUAAGGAUGUCACAAAUGUUUGCUGUGAAAAUUCCUAUAGGGUUUGCCUCAAUGCAGCUAAAAUUCCGAAAAAGAAUAGCAAGCAAGCUAAAAAAGGUUCAGUAAAUGUGUCCAAGGUGGCCUCCACUUUUGCUGUUCAAGCUGAUUCAAACGAAAAGAUGGCUAAAGAAACUAGGAAACCAAAUUUUUGUUGUGCAGUAAAAAGUCGUCAGCUCUCAGCUGAUCCAAAAAUAAACUUGGCUCAAAUAACUGUGGAAACAGAACUUCAAUCUGCAGAAGUUGUAUGUUCAGUAAAGUUGGAGAGUGAUGUACCAUUUCAGCUAACUAAAGAAAGCGCAGAAGAAAAGUCUGAUGAAGAAGCACAGAUUGGGAAAGAACAUUCAGGAAUACUAUCACAACUCCAGUGCUUUACAAAAAAAGCAGAGAAAGUUAACCUACAUGGGAAGUUGAUGAUAUCUACCAAUCCGGAUUUCAAAGACAUUGAUUCUGAUCACAAGGAUCCUCAAUUGUGCAGCCUCUAUGCCCCUGACAUCUAUAGCAAUUUAUGUGUUGCAGAGCUCAUUCGAAGGCCGAGUUCUGAUUUUAUGGAAAUAGUUCAGCGAGAUAUCACACAUAGUAUGCGAGGGAUUCUGGUUGAUUGGCUUGUGGAGGUAUCUGAGGAAUAUAAGUUGGUUCCAGACACACUGUACCUUACAGUGUAUCUGAUUGAUCUGUUUCUUUCUCAAAACUACAUGGAAAGGCAAAGACUUCAACUUCUUGGCAUCACUUGCAUGUUAAUUUCCUCGAAGUAUGAAGAGAUUUGUGCACCACGGGUGGAGGAAUUUUGCUUCAUCACGGACAACACUUACACAAGAGUACAGGUGUUGGCAAUGGAAAGUCAAGUUUUGAACUAUUUGGGCUUUCAACUCUCAGCACCCACAGCAAAAACUUUUCUCAGGAGAUUCUUACGAGCAGCUCAAGCUUCUUACAAGACACCUUGUCUUGAAUUGGAGUUCUUGUCCAAUUAUCUAGCAGAACUGACAUUGCUUGACUAUGAGUUCUUGAAAUUUCUUCCUUCCAUUAUUGCCGCAUCAGCUGUAUUCCUUGCCAGAUGGACAUUAGAUCAGUCAGGCCACCCAUGGAGUUCAACACUAGAACACUAUACCAAUUACAAGCCAUCAGAUCUGAAAACAACGGUUCUUGCAUUACAAGAUCUGCAGUUAAAUACCAAUGGCUGUCCUUUGAAUGCUAUACGUGCAAAGUACAGGCAAGAAAAGUUUAAAUCUGUGGCAGCUUUGUCUUCCCCUAAACUUCUCCUAACACUCUUCUAAAGAUAGAAGGGCUGAUUUAUCAUAAUCACAGUGGAGUGCUAACAGAUGCAGAUACUUCACCUAACCAGAUGGGAGUUAACUCUAUAUUUUGGUGUUGCCUCCUCCCCGAGUUUGUACUUUUUGAGAACUAAUCUUAAUGUUCUCUUCUUUCUCAUUUAUAUUCUUUCCAAUCUUUUUCUAUUUUGUUUUUAUCUCUAUUCAUACGACUUUCUUUGGGGUUUGGUUCUUCCAAACUUCUGAGUAAUGUGGAAUCCAAGGUCUUGGGAUGUUUCUGUUGUUAAAUGUGAAUUUAAUCGUCUCUAGAAAGGAAAAAAAAAUAUAUAUAUAUAGUUUUGUUGUCCUAAAUUAUGUUGUCAUCUGCCGGAUAAAGAAUUAAGUUUUAGAUUGUAAGUUGGCAUGGCAGGAUGUAAUUGACUGAAUGUAAAAUUUGUAACUGAGGCAUCAACUCAAUGAACUGUUGUUCUACUUGUAGCUCUUCAUUUGCUGUUUAGUUUGUAAUUUCUUUA